AUGAGACUGGGCAAAGUCAGGAUAUGUUUUGAAGACACUCAUGUGAUGAUAUUCAUCGGUUUCGGUUUCCUGAUGACAUUCUUGAAGAAAUACUCCUACAGUGCCCUUGGCUUUAAUUGGUUCCUUGCAGCGCUCGUCAUACAAUGGGCUUUACUCUGCCAAUCAUUUUACCAUAUGAAGGACAACACAAUAUACCUUACAAAGAAAUUGCUGUUGGAGGCAGAUAUAAUGUCGGCUACAGUUUUGAUCACAUUUGGUGCCGUUCUUGGGGUUGCCAGUGGACUUCAGCUGCUUUUCAUAGCUAUUAUUGAAACAGCCGUCGGUUGCUUCAACUUCUGGCUGGUUGAGGACGUCUUUAAAGCAGCUGACGUCGGUGGAUCAAUUGCAAUUCAUGCGUUUGGGGCUUAUUUCGGCCUCGGUGUGAGCUUGGCUCUGAAAGGGAAGAAAAAAAAAUCUGAAACUGCGGAAAAUGUGGUUGACCUGAAUGGCCCUAGCUAUAUGUCGGAUGUAACGGCUAUGAUUGGAUCAAUAUUCCUCUGGAUCUACUGGCCAUCUUUCAACUCGGCACUCACCAAUUCUAACACCGAGUACCAACGGGCCGUCGCCAAUACAUAUUUGGCGCUUGCAGCUGCUACAGUAACAACUUUCGUCAUGUCUUCAGUAUUGAGCAAGCAUCAUGGCAAACUGGAUAUGGUGCACGUACAGAACUCAACGUUGGCUGGAGGAGUGGCUGUUGGAUCAGUGUGCAAUAUGUAUAUUGGGGCAGGAACUGCUGUUGCUAUCGGAAUGGGGGCUGGAGUGCUCAGUGUGCUUGGGUACCAAUACUUAACACCACUACUCACUCGGAUUGGAAUUGGUGAUACAUGUGGAGUGCACAACCUUCACGGAAUGCCUGGCGUCUUUUCUGGUAUACUGACUGCUGUCUUUGCCGGUCUGGCGACUAAAGAGGAGUACGGCGCUGAUCUGACCGGCGUUUUUGAGGCCAUGAAUGAGGAAGGCGUCGCAAGGACUGCAAGCGACCAAGCUCUAAACCAAUUUUUGUCAUUGAUAGUGACUCUUGUAGUUUCUUUUAUCGCUGGAACUAUCACUGGUAAGUUUAUGGAGGAAAAGAUCCACCCUCAUAUUGAAAAGUAA